CAUUACUGGUCCUAUUAUGAAAACGUCGUAACACGAGCAGUCCAGAUGGACGAUACGAAGAUUAUUUAUCACAUAGAUGAUGAAGAAACACCUUACUUAGUUAAACUCGCAGUGUGCCCAAACACUGUUACUUUGGGUGACUUCAAAAAUGCACUAAAUAGACCAAAUUACAAGUUUUUCUUUAAGUCAGUGGAUGCUGAUUUUGGUGUUGUAAAGGAGGAAAUAACAGAUGAUGACGCAAGAUUACCAUGUUUCAAUGGAAAGGUUAUUUCCUGGCUUGUUUCUGCAGAUAGUAGCACAAAAUCUGAUAAUCACUCAAAUGGGACUGGUGAAAACCACUUUUCAAGUCAAAACAAGAGUUCCGCAAACUUCAACAAAAAUUCUGACAAUGCUCAUAGUGCAUCUAAAACUGAAAUUCCCAGUGAACAAGAACAUGCCAUAGGCACGACAGGUCAUGGGUUGGAGGAAUGUGAUACAUGUGUUGAAACGGAUUCAGUGUAUAGCGGUGAUCGUGUCCCCCCUCUGAAGAAUUUCAACAAUUACAAACAUGGUUCACGUUUGGCAAAACUGGGCCAAAGAAUUCAAAACUACGAAACUUCUUCGUCUAUGAUGAGUUCUGAUCUGGAAUCCACAAGCUUUUUCGAUUCAGAGGAUGAAUCAAGUCGAUUCUCAACUGCCACAGGUACAACUAUGUCCUCUGCCAAAUACGGUAGACAUAGACGGCAACGAAGACAUCGACGGAUAUUGCCGAUAAGACGUACCAGUGAAGAUGCUACUUCUUUCAGCAGUGUUACUGAUUCCACAAUGUCUCUCAAUAUAAUCACCGUCACACUGAAUAUGGACUCAGUGAAUUUUCUGGGAAUUAGUAUCGUAGGUCAAUCAAACAAAGCAGGAGAUGGUGGUAUUUACGUGGGAUCUAUAAUGAGGGGUGGAGCUGUUGCACAAGAUGGUCGAAUUGAACCAGGUGAUAUGAUAUUGGAGGUGAACAGAAUCAGUUUUGAAGAUAUGAGUAAUGAUGAGGCUGUAAGAGUCCUGCGUGAAGAAGUUCAAAAACCUGGCCCCAUUACAUUAGUGGUUGCGAAAUGUUGGGAUCCUAGUCCCAAAAACUACUUCACAAUCCCUCGUCAGGAACCAGUUCGUCCAAUUGAUCCUCGUGCUUGGGUCUUGCAUACAAAUGCAAUGACGGGAGCACUGGGAACACCAGGUCUUGAGGGAAAUACACCUUUCGCUGGUUCUGGAUCACCUGCAACUGGAAUGCCAAUGAUUCCUGGACAUUUCAUGGGUAUGGGUCCAUCUUCCGGAUUAUCUGUACCUUCAAUGCCAGGCAUGCCGCAGCUUCUCUUACCUUCACUAGCUGGAAUGAACGCAAUGCCUUCUUCUAAUAUGACUACUAAAUCACUGCCAGAUGUUCCUGAUGGUGCAGAUGUUCUGGCUGGUGGAUAUCGCAGUAGAGGUCCUGCAAGCAGUGGAGUUGCUGGUGGACCAGGAAGUGCUAAAACUAAUGGUUCUCGGUCAGGAGGUGAAACGACUGUUGACGCGAAAGGUACGCAAUCACUUUUAUCUGGUGCAAAUGGAAAAUCAUCCACUUCAUUAACCGUGGCUUCAGACAUGGCUUCUGUAGUUCAUGAUAUGUUAAUGUCUGAUUCUGGACUGGAAAUACAUGAUCGGACAUGGUUGAAAAUAACAAUUCCAAAUGCCUUCAUUGGUUCCGAACUCGUCGACUGGCUGUUUACUCAUGUAGAUGGUUUUGCAGACAGACGAGAUGCACGAAGAUAUGCCUCUAAUCUAUUGCAUUAUGGCUAUAUUCGUCAUACUGUUAACAAAAGUACAUUUUCUGAGCAGUGUUACUACACUUUCGGAGACAUAGCUACAACUUUAUCUCAUCUCAAUCUAGAUGAAGUAGAUUCCGUUUCCGAAAUUGGAGCUAAUUCUGCUGCACCGCAUACUGGAACUCAUCCCAUGAUGCCACAGAUGUAUCCUCAUCUUCAUCAUGUUGUUCCUGAUACAGUAGGCUCAGCUUCUGGCCUAUCUUCGAUGCAAAACCAGAAUGUCUCAACGAAUCCGAAUGUAGGAAUGAUGUCAUCUCCUAUACCCGGUGAAGGUAAUUCUCUUGCUCAAACUGGUCCUCAUUAUCCGUAUCCACCUGUACUGUAUCCUGUUGCAUCUACAGUACCUGCAUCAUCAACUGGUCCCUGCAGUAUUGAUGCGAAUGGAAAUCCUUGUAAUUUUGUUAAUCCAAAUUCAUCUGCUCCUCCUGGCCUUAGGAAUAGAGUUUCCAAUAACCCUCAAAUUGGCAUGGACCCCGCCUUGUAUCAAGUAAACAACACGAAUAUGGUUUCCCAUACACGCCCUGUUAUUCCUAAUCAGACCCAUGUCACUGCUAUGAAUGCUACAUCAAAUCAAAGAAUUCAACAACAGAAAGUAAACUCCUCUUCAUCUAGCUCAUCUCAUUCUUCUGCAUCUUCAACGUCUUCCUCUUCUACUGGUUAUUCUGGUAAUAGACGUCUACCUGGACUGUCUAAUAAUACUACUACUACUACACAAACACCUAAUACCAAUGUUCCUCAAAGUAUGAGUGCACCACUAGAUACCUCAGCUUCUAAAGGCCUUCCUUCUCUAAAUAAGGGUAUUCAACGGCGAACUGACCCUUCAAGUGUACAAAGUCUCUCCGUCUCAUCUCAUCCUUGUUUCUGUGUGCCAUUCAUCCGAAAAUCGCUUAAUUCUUCGCAUGCUAAUCAUUCUUGUAGAAAACAUGAUACUGCACAACAACAACAGCAACAACAACAACAAGAACAAUCACAAACUAACGAUUCUAUGCAUGCUCAUGAAUCUGAUCAACAUCAUCCAGAAGACUUAUCUAAAAGUCAUUCAUUAUUAAAAGGAAAUGAUGAUGAUGGUAGUAACAGAAUAUGUGAUACUGUACACCCAGUUACUUCUGAUGAGUCAACUGAUUUGAUUUCAAAUCAACCCGCAAACAACAACACUCUUGAUGCUACUAGAAAUGAUGAUACUAAUUUAGACGCUAAUAGUAGCCUUAAUCCCUCACUUUCACUGACAGAAAAUGCUAAUCUCUUGACCAGUGAAGAAGAAAAGUUACCCGGAUCAGGUACAAGCAGUACAAGUUCUGCAAGUCGUCAAAAUGGAACUGGUGCUAGUGCAGCUGGAAGUGGUAGUGGAAGUGCAGUUACCACACAUGUUCUUAAUAAACUAAACAACAAUAAUAAUAGUCAUGCUAUGGAUUUUAAUAAUUCUACUCGUCCAGUUAUGAAUCAGAAUAAUCCUAAUAUGUUGAAAGAUUCUAACAAUAAAACGGAUAUCACUCAGUCAUCUGGAUUAUUGUCUAGCCAGGCAUUGACAACUGGUAGUAACAGUGUCUCUGGCGGAUUGCAUGGUAUUCAACGAUGAAGGUACGGAAAUGUCCACUCAUGCGCACCCUACAAAGAAGUUAGUCCUAUAAGAAGAUGAGGAAAUUGUGGAAUCAGAUUCACCUAUCUGUUAUACUGAAAUGUCAACUAUACUGAACAAGAAAAAAUAUGUAACAAUACAAUACAUACAUGUAUAUACAUAUGCAUGUGUAUUUCUCUUCAAACAAUCACCCGGUCUUUCUUAUAUAUAAAAAGUUAAAACUAACUUCAUUAAUAUUUAUUCAUUUUUACUUUGAUUACUUUUCACUUGCUUAAUUCUCUUCUCAUGGUUGAAACUGUAGUGUGUUUGUUUGUGUGUGUGUGUGGCUAUGUAUACUAAAGUGUGCAUAUUGGGUGUAUUUUCCAUUUGAUUUUUGUCAAGAUUAUCUUCGAAUUAAGUAAGACGUAUGCUUUUAUAUAUAUACUAUACAUAAUCAUGAACCAAUGCUUAGUGUAGCUUCUCACCUACUACUACCACUGCUGCCACCACCAUCUAUGCAUACGUUUGUUGGUCUUUCUUCUCUCUCUGAAACUCUCCAUUUCUUUUAUUUCAGUAUUUCUUCAUUUAUAAGUAAUCUAAUGUACGAAAGGUACGUUUGUAUGCUAUAUGGCCUUAUUUGUUACGUUGAUCAUCGAAUCCCACUCCUGUAGAAAGGCUGUUUCGCUGUUCACUGUGUAUACACACACAUUAUUCUAGUCUCCUCCAUUGCAGGUUGUUCUUGUUGUGUUGUUUUUUUUCUUAUUGUUCCUUACAGUGUUCAAAUUUUUAAUUUCUCUCAUUGUGUAUUGUUGUUUGAUGAAUUUAAAGGAAGCAUUUCGCAUUUUAUAAUUUCUUAUCUGUGCACUCACACAUUAAAAACCGAAACGGCUACAUAAAUAAUAUAUGCAUAUACAUAACUUUCUUCUUUGCUCCUAUUAUGUGAUAUUAAACAGUGAUUAUGGUUUCUUCUUAUAGCGCCCUCCCUGAGUUCCGUUUAUUUCAUCAUUUAAUUUGUUUGUUCUUUUCUCCUAUUUUUUUCUCUCUCUCACUUUUCCAGGUGAUUUUAACCUAAUUUCUUAAUCGUUGGUUGCUUUUCUUUUAAAAAAACGAAGGGAGAGAGAAUUGUUAGGAAAAAAAUGAAGAACAGUGUUUCUUUCCUUACUUACUUACCACUGUUGUGUAGAUCCUUCAUUUUAUUCAACUGAAUAAGAUUUGUUUUCAUGCUUCAUUUUCGUUUUUAUGCCAGCAAACCUGAACCUAUUGUAUAAUUUGUUGACUGUCUGAUGCAUAUACAUAUGUAUUUAUUGUGUAAUCGUUUUAACCUUUUUUGCGACUAAUGCAUACAAGAGAAAAAGACGAGUAGUUUUACCACUAUCAGAUAUCUGUUCUCUGUCACCUGAUUAAUAUUAAAAUGCCUUUUUAUUCUAUUUAAAAGUAAUAUAUAUACAUAUAUACUGAUUUUAUUUCUUAUCUCUGUUUUAUCUCUUCAGAAUUUCUUAUUGUUGUGUUUCACACACUGAUCUUCUUUUAUGCAACAACAACAACUAGCUUACAAAAAUUCUUGCAGAAAUUGUAUCAAUCUAGGGAUUGAAUUUUCUCUUUUUACCUCAGUUAAAUAUACACAUAUAUUCUUAAGAUUAUGGAUCGUGAAGAUGUUCACUUUUGAAUAGUCUAAAUGAAUUGGUUGAGUCUGGGGAAAAAUAUCUGUGAAAUUCGGGAAACCUAAUAAGAGUUGUUGUUACUUCAUUAAGGGAAAAGUGUGGG